AUGGGAGGCUGCUCCGGCUCUUCUGCCAGGUCCGUUGCAUCUUCGCCAAGAGAAAACAACGAAACCUUUUGCUUCUUCUUGGGCGCUUCGGCAGGGGGACCGGCAGUCUUGGAUGUUGCAAAUUCUGUCGGUUGCUUCGGUGGCGCCGCAGCCGGCGUGCUUUUGGGCUUGGCGGCGAUGCUCUUCUUGCCAGCAGGCUUCCUCGCUACCGACAGCGGCCGAAACAUCAGCGGCUUACCGAUCAUCUUGACUUCUUUCUCUGGCUCCGGUUUCGGGUCUGCCGAUGUUGAAGAGUCUGCAGAGGUCGUCCCGGCCUGUUGCGACUUGGGUGGGGGUAGAUUCAGCUUGAGUCCACCCGAACCUCCUCCUAGUUCUACGGCAGUCUCGUCGUCGUCGUCGUCACCAUCUGCAGACUGGACCGCGGCGGGCUCGCGACUAAAGGCAGCCUCCGAACUGGUUUUGAAAAAGGUGAACGGAACCGCCCGCGCCCCUCCUGAUGCCGACGCCGUCGAUUUGGCGACGGCCGGUGGAGCUGUCUUCUUCGGAGCAGGCAGAGCGGACCUGAAGCUGCUGAAGAGACCGCCCCCUUUGCCUUCUGUCCUGGCCCGCUUGGCCGGCGGCUCAUCUGAUGCGGAAGAUUGCGGUAGGCUGACUACGAUCUUGCCCGGGUUGCUGCGGUCGAUCAGCUUUUGA